AUGCUCCCAACACUGGUAUUGCUCAUCUUCUGCAGUUUCCUGCACUCUGCCGCUUUUGAAGGAAAUUAUUGGUCCUCCAUUUUUUACCAAAACCAGAAAGAAUCUCUGCAAAGAAUUUUGAGCAAGGACUCCUGUUCUACCUGGGGAGGAGGGCAUUUUUCAACCUUUGAUAAGUACCAGUAUGACUUCACUGGGACUUGCAACUACAUUUUUGCAACUGUGUGUGAUGAGACCAGCCCAGACUUCAACAUUCAGUUCCGUCGUGGGCUGGACAAAAAAAUUUCAAGGAUCAUUAUUGAGCUUGGACCUUCUGUUGUCAUUGUUGAGAAAGGCAGCAUUUCUGUCGGGAGUGUUGGUGUCAUUCAGUUGCCUUACACCAGCAAUGGAAUCCAGAUAGCACCUUAUGGACGCAACAUCCGCCUGGUAGCCAAGCUGAUGGAGAUGGAACUGGUGGUCAUGUGGAACAAUGAUGACUACCUCAUGGUUUUGGCUGAAAAAAAAUACAUGGGGAAAACAUGUGGAAUGUGUGGGAACUAUGAUGGUUAUGAACUGAAUGAAUUUGUGCGUGAAGGUAAAUUGUUGGAUACAUAUAAAUUUGCUGCGAUGCAAAAAAUGGAUGAUCCAUCAGAGAUCUGCCUGUCUGAGGAGAUACCAAUUUCCACCAUUCCUCACAAAAAAUAUGCCAUGAUCUGCUCUCAGCUACUUAAUUUGGUGUCCCCAACCUGCAGUGUGCCCAAGGAUAGGUUUGUCAUUCGUUGCCAACUCGAUAUGCAGGACUGCAGUGAGCCAGGACAAAACAAUUGCACUUGCUCUACACUGUCAGAGUAUUCCAGGCAAUGCGCUAUGUCACACCAAAUGGUGUUCAACUGGAGAACUGAAAACUUUUGCUCUGUGGGAAAGUGUUCAGCGAACCAAAUCUAUGAGGAAUGUGGUUCUCCAUGUAUUAAAACCUGUUCCAACCCAGAGUACAGCUGUUCCAGUCACUGUACCUAUGGCUGCUUUUGUCCAGAAGGAACUGUUCUUGAUGAUAUCUCAAAGAAUCGGACAUGUGUUCACAUUAGCCAAUGUCCAUGUACGUUGAAUGGGAAAACAUAUGCGCCUGGUGAGACAAUGAAAGCAGCUUGUAGGACCUGCGAAUGUGUGAUGGGUCAGUGGAACUGCAAAGACUUGCCCUGUCCUGGAAGGUGUUCACUGGAAGGAGGGUCCUUUGUUACCACGUUUGAUUCAAGGCCAUAUCGAUUCCAUGGGGUUUGCACUUAUGUUCUUAUGAAGAGUUCCAGCCUGCCACACAAUGGAACCCUAAUGGCUGUUUAUGAAAAGACUGGUUAUUCUCAUUCUGAGACAUCACUUAGUGCUAUAAUUUACCAAUCUACAAAGGACAAAAUUGUGAUUUCUCAAAAUGAUCUCCUUACUGAUGAUGCUGAACUUAAGCGGCUGCCUUACAGAUCAGGAGACAUCACUGUUUUCAGGCAGUCCUCCAUGUACGUUCAGAUGCAUGCAAACUUUGGGCUGGAACUUGCAGUUCAAACAGCACCUGUGUUCCAAGCCUAUGUGAAAGUUGGAUCACAGUUCAAAGGCAGAACACUAGGUUUGUGUGGCAAUUACAAUGGAGACACCACAGAUGACUUCAUGACUAGCAUGGAUAUCACUGAAGGGACAGCCUCCCUAUUUGUAGAUUCCUGGAGGGCAGGAAAUUGCCAUCCUGCCUUAGAGAGAGAGACUGACCCUUGCUCUUUGAGCCAACUGAACAAAAUAUCUGCUGAGACUCAUUGCUCCAUUCUGACCAAGAAGGGUACAGUGUUUGAGAAAUGCCAUGCUGUGGUGAACCCUAUUCCCUUCUACAAGAGAUGUGUCUACCAAGCCUGUAAUUAUGAAGAGACCUUUCCUUAUAUAUGUUCUGCUCUGGGAUCGUAUGCACGAGCAUGCAGUUCCAUGGGUUUAAUCCUUGAGAACUGGAGGAGCAGUAUGGACAAUUGCACCAUUACUUGCACUGGCAAUCAAACAUUCAGCUACAACACUCAGGCAUGUGACAGGACAUGCUUGUCACUCUCCAACCGGGCCCUGGAAUGCCAUCCGACUGAUAUUCCUGUUGAAGGCUGCCAGUGUCCUAAAGGAUUGUACCUGAACCACAAGAAUGAGUGUGUUCGUAAAUCUCAUUGUCCCUGCUACUUAGAGGACAGAAGGUACAUCCUGCCUGACCAGUCAACAAUGACUGGUGGGAUCACCUGCUACUGUGUUAAUGGGAGGCUAAGCUGCACAGGCAAACCUCAAAAUCCUGCAGAAAGCUGCAAAGCUCCUAAGAAAUACAUAUCAUGUUCUGACAAUUUAGAAAACAAGUAUGGAGCUGCAUGUGCCCCUACCUGUCAGAUGCUGGCUACUGGAAUUGAAUGUAUACCCACAAAGUGUGAAUCAGGCUGUGUCUGUGCUGAUGGCCUCUAUGAAAAUCUCGAUGGCAGGUGUGUGCCAGCUGAGGAGUGUCCAUGUGAAUAUGGUGGCCUUGCUUAUGGAAGAGGUGAACAAAUCCAGACUGAAUGUGAGAUCUGCACUUGCAAAAAAGGCAAAUGGAAAUGUGUUCAGAAAACAAGGUGUUCCUCCACCUGUAAUCUGUAUGGAGAAGGCCACAUUACCACCUUUGAUGGACAGCGCUUUGUGUUUGAUGGCAACUGCGAAUACAUAUUAGCUACGGAUGGCUGCAGUGUUAACAGACCCAUUUCCUCUUUCAAAAUUGUUACUGAGAAUGUCAUCUGUGGGAAAUCAGGAGUUACGUGCUCCAGAUCCAUCAGCAUUUACCUUGGGAAUCUGACAAUCAUACUGAGAGAUGAAACCUUUGCUAUUUCUGGGGAAAAUCCUGGUGUACAAUACAAAGUGAUAAAGAACGCCCUUCACCUGAUGUUUGAUAUCAUUAUCCCAGGAAAAUACAACAUGACCCUUAUUUGGAAUAAGCACAUGAACUUUUUCAUCAAGAUCUCCAGAGAAACACAGGAAACGAUCUGUGGUUUGUGCGGGAACUAUAAUGGCAACAUGAAGGAUGACUUUGAAACUCGAAGCAAAUAUGUGGCAUCAAAUGAGCUGGAAUUUGUCAACUCUUGGAAAGAGAAUCCCCUCUGUGGGGAUGUGUACUUUGUAGUGGACCCCUGUAGCAAGAACCCUUAUCGUAAAGCAUGGGCAGAAAAGACAUGUUCCAUCAUCAACAGCCAAGCUUUUUCUGCCUGUCACAAUAAGGUGAAUCGGAUGCCCUACUAUGAGGCCUGUGUGCGAGACUCCUGUGGUUGUGACAUUGGAGGGGACUGUCAGUGCAUGUGUGACUCCAUUGCAGUCUAUGCCAUGGCCUGCUUGGAAAAAGGCAUCUGCAUUGACUGGAGGACACCCGAGUUCUGUCCUGUCUAUUGUGAAUAUUACAAUUCUCAUAAAAGAACAGGAAUUGAUGAUGCUUUUUCCCAUGGCUACAAUGAUGACAAAUGCUAUUGGCACUACAGGCCUUGUAACUGUCCAAAUCAAAACUACAAAUAUGUCAAUAUGGAAGGCUGUUACAACUGCUCUCAUGAUGAAUACUUUGACCAUGAAGAGGAAAGGUGCAUGCCAUGUGGACAAGUAAACGUUACCACCACACCCGAACCAUCUUCUCCUUCACCAGUAACAACGGUGCAGCCUAAAGUAACAAAGAGCUCUACCACAAGCACACUACUAACAGAACCUAGUACUUCUUCUGCAACAGCUGUAUCAGUUGAGACUACUGAGACUACAAAUCCAACAAUAACUGCAAAAAUUACAAUUCCAAAAACUUCACCCUCACAACCUCUUGUCACAGUCAAGUCAACAACUGAGAGUGAGGGAACCGAAGCAACCACUCUGCACUACCCAGAAGUUGUCACCCACAUAAGAACAACGUUGACACCGCCUGUGCAGCACCUUGUCACACAGACACAGACCACCCCUGCCAUGUCCACCAGCAGCACCUCUGUCCUGAGAGAGACCAGCCCUGCCACCAGCCCAGAAGUUCCACUGACAAGGACAUUUCCAAGCUCUAGCUCUUUGCUUGUCACCUCAGCCUCGUCUGCUUCUUCCCUCUCCUCAACACAGCUGGGAACAUCAUAUCCUGCAAGGGAGCCAACCAGAGCUAAGACACCAACUACUAAAGUAGUAACAGCCUUCACCCAUCAAGUGCCACAUGCUGAGACAGCUGUAACCACAGAGAAGACCACGGCCUCCACGUCCAUCAGCAGCACCUCCAAGACCUCUGUCUCCACAGGGCCCAGCCCAGCAAGCAGCACAGGAGCCCCUCUGGAAACAACCUCUGCACAUCCCAGCUCUCCACCUGCCCCCAGCAGCCCGCUCAGCACAAGGCUGCCCUCCACUGCCACCACUUCCACAGGCUCCUCCACAGCAGCUGCCAGCACCAGCCCCAGGCCUACAUCCUCUGCACCCACCACAGCCAAAACCAGCACGCUGCCAUUGCCUGCUUCUUCUCCCUCCUCAACUGUGUCCUCAACAUGGCUCAGCUCCUCACAGCCUGCCUUCACCCACGAAGAGUCUGCUGUGCCACACACUGGGACACCUGUGACCACACACAAGACCAGCACAGCCACGUCCAUCAGCAGCACCUCCAAGACCUCUGUCUCCACAGGGCCCAGCCCAACAAGCAGCACAGGAGCCCCUCUGGAAACAACCUCUGCACAUCCCAGCUCUCCACCUGCCCCCAGCAGCCCGCUCAGCACAAGGCUGCCCUCCACUGCCACCACUUCCACAGGCUCCUCCACAGCAGCUGCCAGCACCAGCCCCAGGCCUACACCUACAACCCUGAGGCCCAGGCCCUCUUCCCCAACAACCCAAGCUGUAAAGGAGUCUCCUGUAACAGAGUCCUCUGCACCCACCACAGCCAAAACCAGCACGCUGCCAUUGCCUGCUUCUUCUCCCUCCUCAACUGUGUCCUCAACAUGGCUCAGCUCCUCACAGCCUGCCUUCACCCAUCAAGUGCCACAUGCUGAGACAGCUGUAACCACAGAGAAGACCACGGCCUCCACGUCCAUCAGCAGCACCUCCAAGACCUCUGUCUCCACAGGGCCCAGCCCAGCAAGCAGCACAGGAGCCCCUCUGGAAACAACCUCUGCACAUCCCAGCUCUCCACCUGCCCCCAGCAGCCCGCUCAGCACAAGGCUGCCCUCCACUGCCACCACUUCCACAGGCUCCUCCACAGCAGCUGCCAGCACCAGCCCCAGGCCUACAGCUACAACCCUGAGGCCCAGGCCCUCUUCCCCAACAACCCAAGCUGCAAAGGAGUCUCCUGUAACAGAGUCCUCUGCACCCACCACAGCCAAAACCAGCACGCUGCCAUUGCCUGCUUCUUCUCCCUCCUCAACUGUGUCCUCAACAUGGCUCAGCUCCUCACACCUUUCAGCCUUCACCCACGAAGAGUCUGCUGUGCCACACACUGGGACACCUGUGACCACACACAAGACCAGCACAGCCACGUCCAUCAGCAGCACCUCCAAGACCUCUGUCUCCACAGGGCCCAGCCCAACAAGCAGCACAGGAGCCCCUCUGGAAACAACCUCUGCACAUCCCAGCUCUCCACCUGCCCCCAGCAGCCCGCUCAGCACAAGGCUGCCCUCCACUGCCACCACUUCCACAGGCUCCUCCACAGCAGCUGCCAGCACCAGCCCCAGGCCUACAGCUACAACCCUGAGGCCCAGGCCCUCUUCCCCAACAACCCAAGCUGUAAAGGAGUCUCCUGUAACAGAGUCCUCUGCACCCACCACAGCCAAAACCAGCACGCUGCCAUUGCCUGCUUCUUCUCCCUCCUCAACUGUGUCCUCAACAUGGCUCAGCUCCUCACACUCUGCUUUCUUCCUGGCAGCCUUCACCCAUCAAGUGCCACAUGCUGAGACAGCUGUAACCACAGAGAAGACCACGGCCUCCACGUCCAUCAGCAGCACCUCCAAGACCUCUGUCUCCACAGGGCCCAGCCCAGCAAGCAGCACAGGAGCCCCUCUGGAAACAACCUCUGCACAUCCCAGCUCUCCACCUGCCCCCAGCAGCCCGCUCAGCACAAGGCUGCCCUCCACUGCCACCACUUCCACAGGCUCCUCCACAGCAGCUGCCAGCACCAGCCCCAGGCCUACAGCUACAACCCUGAGGCCCAGGCCCUCUUCCCCAGCAACCCAAGGUGUAAAGGAGUCUCCUGUAACAGAGUCCUCUGCACCCACCACAGCCAAAACCAGCACGCUGCCAUUGCCUGCUUCUUCUCCCUCCUCAACUGUGUCCUCAACAUGGCUCAGCUCCUCACAGCCUGCCUUCACCCACGAAGAGUCUGCUGUGCCACACACUGGGACCCCUGUGACCACACACAAGACCAGCACAGCCACGUCCAUCAGCAGCACCUCCAAGACCUCUGUCUCCACAGGGCCCAGCCCAACAAGCAGCACAGGAGCCCCUCUGGAAACAACCUCUGCACAUCCCAGCUCUCCACCUGUCCCCAGCAGCCCGCUCAGCACAAGGCUGCCCUCCACUGCCACAUCUCCAUUCUCUUCUCCUUUUACACCAACUGUCAGCACAGUGUCUGUUCCUACAUCCCUGACUACUUCCACAUUUAGCUCUGCUGAGAGCACCACAUAUUCUUACUUCCAAAACACCACAUCGAAUCCAUAUGUCAAAACAUCUUCAUCAGCUGUCCCUACCAGUGUCUCUGCCCAGUCCAGGCCAGCGUUGAUCCCAACUGUUUUGUCUACAACCAUUACCUUUGCUCCCCAUGUUAUCACUACGGCUUCUACAGAGUCUGUUGAAAGGAGUUCCCUGCAAACAACCACACUGACCACUGCCCGCACGACAUCAACUCCUCCUCUCACCUCUGGACUUUCAACAUCCCUGUCCUCUGUUGUGCCAUCAAGUGUGCCACACGAGCCUUGUAGAGAAGUUGAAUAUGAAGAAGAAAUAACUUACAAAGGCUGCUCCACAAAUGUCACUUUGAGCCGAUGUGAAGGAUCAUGUCCAUCUUCAACAAAGCUGGAUGUUGAGAAGAUGACUGUCACCACAGCAUGUGGCUGCUGUAGGCCACUUGAACUUCUUAAGAAGCAAUUCCAACUACCAUGCCAAGACCCAGAUAAACCUGGAAGGAAGCUCGCCACAGAAAUAAUUGUAUUUAGUGGCUGCAUGUGUAACUUUGACAGUUGUACACAGUAGUCAGACCUGAUGGCUGCAGAUACCAUUUUUUGUAAUUAAACCCUGAUCACAAGUU